AUGAAUGAUUCAGCAAUGGCGGGAAUGUGGCUAACAAUUAUGGCUCUUUUAGCUCUUGUAAAAUGUAAGUUAACAUAAUAAAGCUUUGCUUUUUUACUCUCUAGUUUCAAUAUUCAGAUUUGAGCCUAAAAUUGCCAAAAAUACCUUAAUGAAGUUGUGUUUUAGAGCUGGUCCUUGCUUUGGAAAGCCUUUUUUUUUGCGAAAAAUGCACAUGUUUAAGCAAGUAAUCUGCUAAAUUUUAUCGACCUUUCACCCUAUCUGAUGGCACCACUUAUUAGACAUGCCACUCAGGCCUUUUAAAAAUUUUUUUAAUCUAGCCGGCCCGGUGGAAAUCACGCCUGGCUUGCUUAAGCCUAGAGGUGGCAAUCUUACCGGGCCUGAGCAAAUUUGAAAAAGCCCCGCGCCGGCCCGAUUGCCACUUCUUGUUAAGCCCGCUAAACUAAACUUUCUUUGGCCCGGCCCUAAAGCCAUGUCUAACCCCAUGUCAAAGACUCCCCACCAGGCCUACACAACGCAAGCUGAAAUUUAUAGGAACUAUUUUCAGCACAAUUUCAGCAAAAAGGGACCCAAAAAUUUUAGAAAAAUAUGAACAUCGCAACUCUGCCACUUGCCCUAUCAAUUUGCUUUUUUACACUUUCAAUCAACUUCCUUGCCUUGCAGAAAAAAAUAAUAUUUUUUGUUUCAGUCUCGGAAAGUGUGGUGUGUCAUGAUCAAUGCAUCGGCGUAAUUGGCUGCAGUAAGAUCGUGGAUGUCUGCGAAGGGAAGUAUUGCACGUUUUGUAAGUUUUCUUGGUUAUUAAGCAUCCGAAAAAAUAUUAUAAUAGUAUCGUAGGCUACAUUUUUUAUUUAUCUCCGGAAGUCAUAAAAAAGCGGGACCUCAAAAAAACAAAAUUGUGAAAAUUAUCAAUCUGUCGGGGAAAAUAAUGUGGAUUUGUGGUGCCUUGGUCUUAAGGUGAAGGCAAGAUCCAUGGUCAUCGGUCAGGCCGGCCCAGAGCUUUCUUAUCAAUCUGUCGGGAAGGUAGUGGCGGGUCGUGGCGCCUUGAAAUCGCAAAUCAUCGCUUUGCGACGGCUAGCCGCGGCUGUGGAUUUGGUGAGCGACUGCACCCUUUUCUCGAGGAAGCUAAACAUUUUGCCGCGACGACCCGCCACUAUUUUCCUGACAGACUGAUAAUUGCGCUUUUGCCCGGCCCAAUGGCCGUCAAUAGUGAUGGCAACUGGGCCGAGAAGAAACGACUCGAUGUAGAAUAUUCCUUGACGUCUUUAUCUUUCGUUCAUAUUGAUUUUGUAACCAUCGAUGCUCAAGGAACUUGCUAAUACAGUGGGGGACCUGAUCCAGUGGCAUAAAACGUACCAUUUUGCAUCCGGGAAGUAUCAAAAAUGUGGCCAAAUGCUUCCCUCUCCAAGUAAAAAACAUCGUUUUUCCUCACAAAAAGAGCUGGCGCGCUUUUGAAAUCUGACUUUUUUCAAUUGGAGAAGGUAUUCUGCCACAUUUUUUGAUACUUCCUGGAUGCAAAAUGAUCCGUUUUUUGCCACUGGAUCAGGGAUCCCACUGUAUAUUCAAAUUUUUUAAUUUUACAGUUCAGACUCCGCGUAUUGUUUCCUGAUAUUUGGGUGUCCUGUACUACUUUACGAACAUAAUCUUUCGAGUUUAGACCGCCAUCGAGACUUACAGAAGAGUCCGGAACGGAUUACGCUGAAACGGAGCUGCUCCGACACCCCCUUCUUCAGCUACGGGCCCGACAAACAGCAGUUCGGGGUGAGGAAUCGAUGCAUCAAAACGUACGUGACUUUGCAUUAUUGUCUGAGGAUUUUCAUCAAAACAAAAAGGUCUUGUUUCAGUAUCAGCGGCAACAACGAGUGGAUGCUGCAGGUCUGUGAUACGGCCGACUACUGUAACAGCGAUUGUAACAGUAAUCUGCGGCUUGCUUCCAGUGUCACACGGAUCUCCGCCAUGUCGAUCGCUUUAGUCUUGCCAGCGCUGUUUUUGAUGUAA